AUGCAAGCGUCUACUAAUAAGCGGAAUUCAAAGUUGUCACGAUACGCCCGAGCCUGCAAUAACAAAAAAGGAGGCGCAAUGCUCCGCACCAUCAACUGUGAUAAUAUCGUCAGAGUGUAA